GCCUCCCCGGUCCGACCGCCGCGGCCCCCUCGCCUCGGCCGGCACAGCCAACAGCCUGCCACAAGCAGGGCGCAGAGGCACCGGAGUCAGUGCCCGCCGGCCCCGCAGACGGAGCCCAGCCCGGAGAACCCUUUCCCGGCUCCGCGGAGCUCCGCAACAGUCCCGGAGCUGUCCCUUCAGCACCGCCGCCGGAGUCGAGUCGGAGCGCAGCCCAGCGGAGAGCCCCAGGUCCAGCCGGAGCGCACCGAGCGCAGCGCUCCGCAGCAGGAGCACGGAGCAGCAACCCUGGUGCCCCUGCCCAGGGGGCCCGCCAUCUCCUCCGAGAGGCGGGGAGAAGGAGCGAGGAGGGCGGGCGGGCGGGCGCGCCCGCCGCCGGUGGGGAGCAGGCAGCCAGGCAAGGAGAGGGAGGGGGCCGGAGUCCGCCCUGCGCAGCCGGUCCACGCAGGGAGGAAGGCAGCGGGCAUCCAUCUCCCCCACGCCGAGAGCGUGCUGCGGCGACCACCUCACAGCAGAGCGCGAAUUUCCAGAUUCCUUCUCCUCCCCUCCCCUCCCCCUUCCAGGGGCUGGUCUUUGACCGGCCCUGGAAGCAGCUGACCUUCCCCCCAAAAGCUUUGUGUCGAUUUCUCCAUUUUCCCGCUGAGAUGGGGACGGGAGCCCGGCCCCCCCACCCUCUUUUCCCUCCUCCUGGGGCUCGCCGCUGAGCGCCGCCGUCCCCUUCCUCCCUUCCUCCUCCCUCUCUCCCUCCCUUCUUUCCUCCUCUGCCUCCUCCGCAGCCGGACCAGCUCCCUCCCACAUCUGGCGCCUAGAGACCCUGGGGAUCCCGCGCACACGCCCUUGGACCAGCACCCGACAGAAAGCGCCCUGAGGGGCUUGAGUCGCUCUGGGGGUAGCCAGAGCCGAGGUCCUCUGUCUCCCCGACGGCUGGGGGGAGGGGGGAGGAGGUCGCGCGCCCCCCUCCCCGGCGCCAACUCCCCCUGGCGGCCGCUCCCAUGGGUGUCGCUGGGCCGCGCCAUGCCUAAGGAGGCGCCGCGAUGGGCCAAGGGGACGAAAGCGAGCGCAUCGUGAUCAACGUGGGCGGCACGCGCCACCAGACGUACCGCUCGACGCUGCGCACGCUGCCCGGCACGCGGCUCGCCUGGCUGGCAGAGCCCGACGCCCACAGCCACUUCGAUUAUGACCCGCGCGCCGACGAGUUCUUUUUCGACCGCCACCCGGGCGUCUUCGCGCACAUCCUGAACUACUACCGCACUGGCAAACUGCACUGCCCUGCCGACGUGUGCGGGCCACUCUACGAGGAGGAGCUGGCCUUCUGGGGCAUCGACGAGACCGACGUGGAGCCCUGCUGCUGGAUGACGUACCGCCAGCACCGCGACGCCGAGGAGGCGCUGGACAGCUUCGGCGGCGCGCCCCUGGACAACAGCGCCGACGACGCGGACGCCGACGGCCCCGGCGACUCAGGCGACGGCGAGGACGAGUUGGAGAUGACCAAGCGCCUGGCACUCAGCGACUCCCCGGACGGCCGGCCCGGCGGCUUCUGGCGCCGCUGGCAGCCGCGCAUCUGGGCGCUCUUCGAGGACCCCUACUCAUCCCGCUACGCGCGGUAUGUGGCCUUUGCCUCCCUCUUCUUCAUCCUGGUCUCCAUCACCACCUUCUGCCUGGAGACCCACGAGCGCUUCAACCCCAUCGUGAACAAGACAGAGAUCGAGAACGUUCGAAACGGCACGCAAGUGCGCUACUACCGGGAAGCGGAGACAGAGGCCUUCCUCACCUACAUCGAGGGCGUCUGCGUGGUCUGGUUCACCUUCGAGUUCCUCAUGCGUGUGGUCUUCUGCCCCAACAAGGUGGAGUUCAUCAAGAACUCGCUCAACAUCAUUGACUUUGUGGCCAUCCUGCCCUUCUACCUGGAGGUGGGCCUGAGCGGCCUGUCCUCUAAGGCGGCCAAGGACGUGCUGGGCUUCCUGCGUGUCGUCCGCUUCGUGCGUAUCCUGCGCAUCUUCAAGCUGACCCGCCACUUUGUGGGCCUGCGUGUCCUGGGCCACACUCUCCGCGCCAGUACCAAUGAGUUCUUACUGCUCAUCAUCUUCCUGGCUCUGGGCGUCCUGAUUUUCGCCACCAUGAUCUACUAUGCCGAGAGGAUAGGGGCGCAGCCCAAUGACCCCAGUGCCAGUGAGCACACCCACUUUAAGAACAUCCCCAUUGGCUUCUGGUGGGCCGUGGUCACCAUGACGACGCUGGGCUACGGAGACAUGUACCCGCAGACGUGGUCCGGCAUGUUGGUGGGAGCGCUGUGUGCGCUGGCGGGCGUGCUGACCAUCGCCAUGCCCGUGCCCGUCAUUGUGAACAAUUUCGGGAUGUAUUACUCCUUAGCCAUGGCUAAGCAGAAACUACCAAAGAAAAAAAAGAAGCAUAUUCCGCGGCCACCGCAGCUGGGAUCUCCCAAUUAUUGUAAAUCUGUCGUAAACUCUCCACACCACAGUACUCAGAGUGACACAUGCCCGCUGGCCCAGGAAGAAAUUUUAGAAAUUAACAGAGCAGAUUCCAAACUGAAUGGGGAGGUGGCGAAGGCCGCGCUGGCGAACGAAGACUGCCCCCACAUAGACCAGGCCCUCACUCCCGAUGAGGGCCUGCCCUUUACGCGCUCGGGCACCCGCGAGAGAUACGGACCCUGCUUCCUCUUAUCAACCGGGGAGUACGCGUGCCCACCUGGUGGAGGAGUGAGAAAGGAUCUUUGCAAAGAAAGCCCUGUCAUUGCUAAGUAUAUGCCGACAGAGGCUGUGAGAGUGACUUGACCAGGCGGCUUGGCCCAGGACACUGGUGGCUAUUAAGCAUCUGGGUGGACCUGCAGCCCCUCCUCACCCUCGGACAGAGUAAAUUCACGCCAUGCAGGUUUGCCGGACGAGUCCGAGUGGCCCAGGCCUUGUACUAGGACGGACGUAGCUUUUCUACGGCCAAAUGGUAACUGACUGUAGAGGAUUUGUUUUCCUUCUUUUCAUUUUUUAAAAAUUUUAUUUUAUUCGGGGAAGGGGUGGGAUGGAAGGGUUCCUUAGCAUGGCUUGCAUGAAGUUCAACAGAAAAACCCAGCAAUCCAAACCCACCAAUCCCCUGCAACUGUAUGAUUACCCUAAACCACGACAACAACGAAGAGAAACAAGCAAGAGUCCUCUAUUUUCUUUCAAAGCGCUUUCCUUUUAUACAUGUUGUUGGAGCCAAACUGUAAAUGGCAUUUGGUAGAAACCUGUACGUUUUGGGGGCGAAUGGAGCGGGGGGCGGGGAGGGGUGGAGAUGGGGAACGGAUUGCUUCCCUUUUUGUACACGAGAUUGAAAUGGAGAGUAAAGGUUCCCACAAGGGCAGUCGGUCAGUCAUCGGUCAUAUUGACCUCACCUUCAUAGUUCAUCUCUCACGCGGAAACUGAGAACUUUGCUCCAGAUAGAAUUGUGGAAACACACUGCCGCCUUCUUCCCUCUGUUUGGCAUGCUUGCGACCCAGCGGACGUCUCCCCAAGACCCCUGACAGCGGCUAGUCUAGGUUGAUUCGAUCAUCUUAGCGGUGUGUAGAUUCAGUGCGACCAACUUUCAUAACAAAUUGUUCAUAGUAGAUAAUCAACACCUUAUGGAUUUUCCAAGUGUUCCUUCAGAGCACCAAAAAGAUCAGGACCGCGGGAGGGCUGGUCCUCCUCCACCUUUAUUAAGGCACAACCCGGCAUUGUAUGCAAUUUAGUACUUCAGAGUAAGAAAACUGCAUGCCCAAUGUUAUGCAAAGCGAUUCUAGCAUGAAAUAAAUUUUGUAUCACGGUUUCUGUAUAGUCUAAAGCAGAUUUGUUUUCCUGAAGCAAUCGGAGGUUUGCAGAGACACACUUCUGCAUCUCGAAUAAAUAUAGUAUUUCCCCAACAGAAACAGAGGACAGUAGCUUGGCUUUGGUCUGAUUCUAAAAUUAGUGGUGGGGUAAGGGGUGGGGAAGGAUGAUAUUUUUGAAAAACACAUGCUUGAGAUGAAAAAAAAUGCAACAUCUCAAGCUCUCACUGCAGCUCGCAACAUUUCCUGGAAAGAGAGCAAUGCUGCUUUAGUUCAACACCCUCCCCUCCCUGGGCCCUGGCCCUCAAUAAUAAACAGCUGACAUUGGAGAUGAA